GCUUGACAAGCGACCGCAUUACACGUUCGGAGCCUGUACGUCUCCCAAGCUGCCAGAUAGUAAGCUAGGAGGUCCUCUAUAGUGGAAGGUGCAACGCGGCAAGGGGCCUGGUCGACAGGGCCCGUUCAUUCACCGCAGUCUACGGUGGCGGCGGUUGUCUCCUCGGCUCCAUAUAGCCCUUUCCUUCGGUAGGGAAUCCCCGACGUAGCUCCUCCGGCAGGCAGCUACGUAGAUUUAUUGUUAGCUGACUUCGAACGUAAUUCCUGCCUGUCUCGAGUUUCAUGGAGCUCAUGUCGAUCGCGCGGUCUUCGGAGCUCUAAAUCGGAUGGUCGGAUCCUUUCGUUCGGACCCCGGAACGGCUGUCCGCGCAGCCAAACUGAAAGAAGCUACGAACUCACAGCCGAUCGAUCGGUGGACGCAUGUGGGGAAGAGUGCACGAAUGAAUGUCGAUGUGGAGUAAUUGAUCGCGAGAAAAAAACUGUCAGCUGUGCGGGAGUUUCUGGUGAUUCGAGUGAUUCAACUCAUCGGAUGAGCGCUGGAAGUUUUGGGAAUUUGCGUGGAUUCAAAAAGUGUGAUCUCUGUUGCGGACCCUUCGCCGAAAGUCGUGAGCCUCGAUCAGAACACGCUCGUUAUUCCUCGAAUAAUCACUGAGGAUUGCUCAUCAUUAUCAUCCUUUGCAUCGACCUCAUCAUCAGACGCUUCAAUGGCGGCGGCGGCUGCGGAUGCUCACUACUAUCACGUCCACGCUGUGCACGGGAAGGCGAGCACACCGGACUCUUCCGAAGAAGACUGCCGGGAUUCGUACGGCCGGAAUCGGUCUUUGACGCUGAGAGAGAUUCCCGGUCGCGUGCGGCACUCGUCCUCGACCGAGGAGGAUUCGCCCCUAGGAGUCAGCCCUUCGAGGAGACAGAACAUCAGCGAUUCCUUCAGACCGCGCUCAAAGUCCGAUUCCAAGAGCAAGAAGCCUACGAACAUCAUGUCCGCUAUAAGGAAUUCCGUCCAUGGACACCACUGGUUUUCCAAUAAUGGGGGCCAACAAAGCCCUUCGUCUUCCAGAGCAGCUCUCACACCGCCAUUAUCGUCGCCUACGGGCCACUCUCAGUGCCAUUCUUACGCGACCUCGCCUGAUGGUUUUGAAUACCGCGCACAGGGCAGACCAAGAUCGGGCUCGGAGUCCAAGGGAGGCGCAGUCGCCAAAGUGAUCGACAUGUUCCGCAGCCGAUCACAGUCCAUGAGUCUCACACCUGAAGCCAAGGCCAAAAAAUUCGCACAUAGUCAUUCAGGUUCUCUACUUAGACGGCAUUCGGUGGAUCCCGAUCGCAGGCGUAGCGUGAACCGGGAUAGAAGUCUGGACGAUUCCUUGCACCACACUGCUCUCAUCCACAGGGCCCAUUCUCACGGUGAGAGUGCGGCUUACCGGUGCGCGUCGGGGCUGGCAUCAUCCGAGUCUUCUAUUUGUGAUAGGAUCGAUAUCGAGGAUCUGGGUGUCGACGAGACCCUUCUGUUUGUCAAGUUUUUCAGGUACUAUUAUUGCUACGAUCUCAUCCCACUUAGCGCAAAACUGGUCGUUUUCGAUUCACAACUGCUUGUGAAAAAAGCAUUUUUCGCGCUGGUCUCCAACGGGGUGCGUGCAGCCCCGCUUUGGGACUCAGCGCAGCAGAGCUUCGUUGGAAUGCUGACGAUCACCGACUUCAUCCACAUUCUGAGGAAGUACCACAAAAGCCCCGCCGUUCGGAUGGACGAGUUGGAGGAACACAAAAUCGACACCUGGCGGACUGUUCUGACGGACAUGCAGCGACCCCUGGUGUCCAUCGGGCCAGACGCAUCGUUGUGUGACGCAAUAACUACGUUGAUUCACUCGAAAGUCCACAGGCUACCGGUCAUAGAUCCUCAAACCGGAAACGUGCUCUACGUUCUCACGCACAAACGUAUCCUCCGCUUUCUCUUUCUAUACUUUUACGAUUUGCCACAUGCGUCGUAUCUCGACACGAGCAUCAGGGAACUCAAAGUCGGAACGUUCGACAAUAUUGCCACUUGCAGCCCUGGUACCCCGUUGAUCACGGCUCUAAACAUGUUUAUCGAACGCCGAGUUUCGGCUCUACCCGUAGUUGAUGAAGACGACAAGGUCGUUGAUAUAUAUGCCAAGUUUGACGUCAUAAAUCUGGCUGCGGAAAAGACGUACAACAACCUCGACAUGAGUGUCGGCAAAGCGCUCGAAUUCCGCAACCAGUAUUUUGAAGGAGUGAUGACAUGUCAAGCGAAUGAUUCGCUUCUACAGGUGAUGGAGAAAAUCGUCAAAGCCGAGGUUCACCGCCUCGUCAUUGUCGAUGAGGAUGAUCACGUCGAUGGAAUCGUUUCCUUAUCUGACAUUCUUACAUUCCUUGUGUUGACGCCGCUUGGGAUCGAAAGACCUGCGUCACGUGCCUACUACACCCGAACGACUUCAUCGGACAGAGAGAACGGAACUGUCGAGGAAGAACCGGAAUUGGAAGCGAAGGCAAACGCUCACGGCGAGCAGGCAGUCGAAACAGAACGAGAACGUCAACGGCACGACAGUCUCGAUAGUCAGAGAACUGUCUCUGAAGGCAGCAAAGGCAAAUUAGGGUCAAGGAACAAUUCGGAAGCAGGCGUCCCGGAAGAAGAUGAAGAAGAGAAUGUCCAAAAGGAGGACGCAUCACCUGCGACAGCCGAUGAUUCGCCUGAAAGCGAGACAACAGACGCCUCAAAGAGCUUGGACGCAUAACUAUCUUGGCUCAACGCACCAGAAGAGCUGACCGUCUGAACGAUCUACCAAUAGACCGCUUCAGACUUCCUCAAGGAUUGCCCGGGCACACGACAAGAGGACAACGAGAAGAUGGGCUAUAAGAUGAGGAUCACGUUUCACUCCGAAUCAUAACCUCUCGACACAAAACCAGAUUCAAAAACACAACUCAAGUUUUCGUCCACCUUCGUCUGGAUACGUCUAAGGGAAGAACUCGGUGGAGUGAUGCCGACUUCAAGGAUGGACUGCCCUUAUCGGCGGAACGGAAUACUGAAUAGAAGUGUGUGGAUCGAAUUCGGCAAUUUCCAAGAUAGACAAGGUGCAUCGACUUUGAUUCGUAUCCGAUUCUACCCUCUGUGCCGUAUAAUCACCCGGGCUCCGUCGAUGGGAGAUUCUCCUCGAGAUUUUUGGUCACCUUGGCCGAGGGCCUACAGUGCGGACGAGGACGAACGGAACAGGGAUCGACGACGCAGGGAGCGGUGGAUUCCUCCCUCGGUACUGGAUAUUUUUACUAUUCGAUAAAUUGAUCCUUUUGUUCGAUGCUGUGAGACUAUUUACAUGAGAGCAUGUUAUGGAGAACAUUCAGCAAGAGGAACCGCUGUCCGAGUCUGACGCGGUAGAUCACGCGGAAGCUGAUGAUAAAUAUUGUUGGCUCAAUGUUUUUCCCCCAAUGAGAACAAUGAAAACAGAUUGAAUACAUGAAGU